UCUCUGUUGUUGCCGGGCACCUCACACUCGCGCAUCGAUUCCGAUUGCGAUUCAGGAUCUGAAUUUUUUGCCUGGUUUGUGGUGCGUGCGAUUUUUAAAAAUGUUUAAAUCCGCAAUUUCUUUCUCCGUGCUCUGUGCUCUUCGUCCCCUUCGUACACCGGCGAACUUGUGAUUUGUGGUUAAUUUAAAUUAAUAAUCUUUUAAGUGUGUCAUGAAUUAACUGCAAGUUAAAUAAAGUGCUGCGUCGAUUUUGCAUAUUUUAUAAUCCAUUUCGUUGGGUUAAUAAUUGCCAAAUUUAUUAUUUAUAUAUAUUGACGUAUAAUUUUAAAGUUUAUUGUUUUCUGAAGUGCUGCGCUCCUAAAUAAAUUUAAUGCCGCUAAAAUUGUAUUCGCCAUGAAACAUCAUAUUAAACCAUCCCUUAAAUUGGACUACUACACAGCGCCACCUAUGAAAAGCUUUGAUAAGCUUAUAUUCAUCUUGUUAAUCUGACUACCGCGUAAUAUUUUGGCUUUGAAUUUCCGAAAGGCUUAACGAUUAUUUUGCUUUAAUUAAAUUUAAGGAAUACCUGACAGACGUUUGCAAUUUGUUAAACCAUUUCGGGUUAAAACACAAAACAGAUGCUCCACCUAUAAAAAGCUUUGCUAACCUAUUAAAUACAUAAAAUUCCGACAGAUGGCGCUACCGAACAGCUGAGCAUACGAGUAUUCACCCCUAUUUUUUAGUUUUCUUAUGCAACCCUGCAUCAUAAUAACUUUGAUUUGCAAGGACUACCCUAAAAGAUUACACAUCCCUUCAACCUUUUUUUCACAGCUGGAAAAGUCCCAUAAAAUACAAAAAAAUGGAUCCCUCGAAUCUUGCUUUUGGUUUUCCCGGUCUCCCCAACCACGGACACAUGCCAAUACCUCCUACAGCCAAUAUGCUUGGUGGCCAGCAUCCAGCACCCACCGCCAGCCCACCACAAAGCGUCCCCGGCCGUCGGACGCCACUUGGAUCGGUUGGUCUGGGUGGUUUCUAUGCCCAGGGAAUGGGCAUGUCCCAGCAGCCACCGACGGAUGAGAACAAACCAGGGCCCAGUGCUCCGGAGAAGCCAUUGAGUCCCACGGCCGCCGCCAUCGCAGCCAUUGCCAUCAGUGGUGGCACCACCACGGUGGCCGUGUCCAGUGGUGGCGCCAGCGGAAGUGGCUCCAACAGUGGCAAGCAGAAAAACCGCCAGGGAAAGACGGUAAGGCUGAACAUAAAUGCCCGGGAACGACGAAGGAUGCACGAUUUGAAUGAUGCCCUUGAUGAGCUGAGAAGUGUGAUUCCCUAUGCCCAUUCGCCUUCUGUGCGAAAGCUGUCGAAAAUAGCCACCUUGCUGCUGGCUAAGAACUACAUUCUGAUGCAGCAAAAUGCUCUCGAGGAGUUGAGAAGACUUUUGGCCUAUAUACAAAGCACCACGGGAGCAGCGCCACUGGAUUUGGGUGCAUUUCCGGCGGCUGCCAAGUUGCAGGCUCUUCUUCAAGGACCUCACAACGAACCACCGACUAGCAGCAGUUAAAUAGGAGUGGGGGCCACCAUAAACUAUGGUUCAACUGAUAAGCAAUCCAUUAAUGAGCAAUACUUUUAAGUCAAUUGGAAAGCAAAUGCCAAAUACUUGUGUACUAGUCAGACGAAAGGAGGUUGAUAAGGAGCCUCUUAUCAGAGCAGCCAAGUGAAAAUCUGUUCAGUGAUAUUUAUUUUUGUCAUAAGCAUUUCUUAUUUAUGCAUUUACCCAAUGUCAACCAAUAUGUGUAAGAUGAAUAUUACCGAAUAAAGUAUUAUUGAAGU